UGCCAGUGGGGCAAAAAUAACACAUCUCUCUCUCUCUCUCUCUCUCCUCUUCUUUCUCUCUCUACAAAAAAACUCACUCUCACUUAUUCUCUCUCUUUCUUAUGGCUACGGCGGCCAGACACAGAGACGACACGUCGUAUUCCCUCCCAUUAUUCGCGGCCCCAUCCACGUCGUCCUCCUCCUCCUCCCCGAUUCUGAUUUCGGACCCUCUCGCCGACCCGAAUUCCCACAUCGCCGCCGCCGCGGGGAGCACCAGCGCCUCCGGGAGCUUCCAGAACGAGGGGCUGCUGUCGGCGGAGGCGGAGGGCGGCGGCGACGCCGAGUUCGGGUUCGGCAGGGGCGAGUUCCGGACGGGUCAACUCGCCGGGACGGUGGAGUUUUACCAAAGGCACGUGUUUUUGUGCUACAAGAACCCGCGGGUGUGGCCGCCGAGGAUUGAGGCGGCGGAGUUUGAUCGGCUGCCGAGGCUGCUCUACGCGGCGGUCGUGGCCAGGAGAGGUGAUAUGAGGAAGGAGACUCGCUUAACGAUAUGUGAAGGGCACGAUGGAACUGAGACUUCAAAUGGUGAUGUUUUAAUUUUUCCCGACAUGAUCAGAUACAGGAGAUUGACACAUUUUGAUGUUGACACAUUCGUUGAAGAAGUUCUUGUGAAGGAAGGUGAGUGGCUGCCUGGAACUCCUGAAACUCUGAGGGGUUUAUACGUAUUUGUAUGUUCCCAUGGGUCCAGGGAUCGCCGUUGUGGAGUCUGUGGACCUCCCUUGAUCAGUAGAUUUAGAGAAGAGAUAGAGUUGCAUGGUCUGCAAGGUAAAGCGUCUGUUAGAUCAUGUUCGCACAUUGGGGGGCACAAGUAUGCAGGAAACGUUAUUAUAUUUGGAUCAAAAAUCAACAAAGAAGUCACUGGCCACUGGUAUGGAUAUGUUGCUCCAGAAGAUGUACCUCAAUUGCUUGAGCAGCAUAUUGGGAGAGGAGAAAUUGUAGACUGGCUGUGGAGAGGUCAAAUGGGUUUAUCAGAAGAACAACAGAAGAAAUCUCAUGAACUAAGGUUCCAUCUUAAUGGCGAGACAAAUGUGGAGAAAACUGAGCUGACACAAACAAACGAAAGGGGGAUGGAUACUGGUCAAUGCAGAUCUCAAAAUGAAAUUGGGGGAUGCUGCCAGGAAAAUGGAAGUGGAAGCUCUUCAUGCUGCCAGACCCCCUUGUUAAUUGAUAGGGUAAGUAGUCCUGACUUGAAUGUGAUGGCAACACAUGCGACAUCUGAAAAGAAAAGGAGCAGCAGCGAACUACAUUCCCGUAGGGGCAAAGCUGCAUCCGCUCGAAAGUUUUGUUCUAUGCCAACGUGGUCAGAGAGCUGGGAGCGGGAAGAUACAUAUGCAGCUUUGGCAAUUGUUUGUGCUGCUGUGUCGGUGGGUGUUGCUUACAGUUGCUACAAACAGUUGAGAUGAAACGAAUCCAAUCUUGUGUUUACUCAUAUAUAGGUUAGUGUUUCAUCCUCCCCCUUGUUUCCUCAAAAGUUUACCAGAUGGCUUUUGAUACUAGAUCGAAUUGUAAGGUCCCAGCAGAAAAGAAAGAUCUUUGCUAGGAAAAGGGUUGGGUACAUGUGUGCAUAUGUGUGAGAACGCGGGCGGGAAUACCUUGCAUUCUCUUUCAUCUUUCUUUUGGAUAUAUAAUUUCUACCUGUGAAUAUAUCAAUGUAUUCUUAUUUGUUG